ACAUUAUAGAAGUAUGCCAUCUUGAAUAUUUAAUAUAUUGUUUUACCGCGUUUCAUUGUGCGUACGUCAAUUUCGAAUUUCAUUCUUAAAUCAUAAACUGUCGGUUUUCAAACUUUUCAAAAGCGGAACAAAAAUGUUUCCACAAAGUUCACAGAGUAGAUAUUGGAUAUUUAAUGAUGAAAAUGAUUUGACAGCGUUGAGAGAGAAAACCAACGCAGAAUUUAUUCAAAAACAUGGUGCAAACAUGACGGUAAGUUGUGCUGUUUUUAACGGUAAGUUGAGAAUGCAAUUUUAUAUUUUGUUUUUCAAUAAAAUAUAAACAAUUUUGAAUUUAAAAUAUUAUCUUUGAAUUAGUUUCUAUAAUUUAUAGGUUAUUUAAAUAUUCAUUUUACUCUUAAUUAUUUGUCUUUAUUGAUAAGCUAUAAUUAUACGUACAUAUUAUUUUAUUAUUUUUAUGUUACUAUGUUUUUAAUUCGUUAUGUUACUAUGUUUUUUUAAUUCGUUUAUCACUUAUCUUAUAUCAUGUAUCUUAUACUAUUAUAAUACUAUAAGAUACAUGAGUUUUAUAUAUUUGUUAAGUAAACGAAUCAUAUUUUCUCUAAUUGUAAUACAUAAUAUAUAUUUUGAAAAGCCAGGGGAAAGGGAAGAACAUUUUCUUUCCCAUACAGAAGAACGUAUAUUACUUCGUUUUUAUGAAUUACAAUUAAGAGAUUUUUGUCGUCGUUUUACUCCUUCAAUGCCACGUGCUACUAUAGCAACUGCAUUACAUUAUUUCAAAAGAUUCUAUCUCAGAAACAGUGUUAUGGAUUAUCAUCCCAAAGAGAUUUUAGUCACAUGUGUCUACUUGGCCUGUAAAGUAGAAGAAUUUAACGUCUCCAUAUAUCAAUUUGUUGCAAAUAUUAAAGGAGAUAGAGAAAAAGCAUCUGAUAUUAUACUUAAUAAUGAAUUACUUCUUAUGCAACAGUUAAAUUAUAAUUUGACAGUACAUAAUCCAUUCAGGCCAGUAGAAGGUUUAAUGAUAGAUAUCAAGACAAGGUAUACCUCUUUGGAAAAUCCAGAAAGGUUAAGGCCAUAUAUUGAUGAAUUUUUAGAAAGAGUAUUUUUGACUGAUAGCGUUUUACUAUAUACUCCAAGCCAAGUUGCAUUGGCUGCAACAUUACAUGCUGCAUCCAGAGCAUCUGCUAAUUUAGAUAAUUAUGUAACUGAUAUUUUAUUCUCUAAAGAACAUUUGGGAUGUAUAAUAGAAGCAGUAAGAAAAAUAAGAUCUAUGGCUAAAUGUGUAGAUCCUCCUUCAAGAGAAAUGGUAAGAGCUUUAGAAAAAAAAUUAGAAAAAUGUAGAAAUCAGGAAAAUAAUCCUGAUAGUGAAAUUUAUAAACAAAGAAUGCAAGAAAUGUUGGAUGAAGAAGAUUUACAGGACAAUGAGAAAUAUGCUAAAAUUAUACAGGAUCAAGCAGCUCACGAUGAGAAAAUUUUGGGUGUCAGUAAAGUUUUGUCUCCUUCAGCUCUGUAAUAAAGUCAUUGUUGAAAUAUUGUAUUUAUAUCAUUUUUUAUAUUUUUAUUUAUUGUACAGGUAAUAAAUAAUUUAAUUACUUACAUAUUUAAUAAGA